AUGCCUGUUAAUGAUGCAGAGAGAAGAAUAAAGAAGAAGGAAUUUUACAGCAUCGCGGGAUUCCCGAACGUGCUGGGUUGCAUAGACUGCACACAUGUCCGCAUCAGAGCCCCAACACAUAACGAAGCAGAUUUUGUAAAUCGAAAAGGGUUCCAUUCAGUGAACAUUCAGAUGGUAUGCGAUGCUCGUUUCAUCAUCAUGGAUGUCGUAGCCAAGUGGCCCGGGAGCGCACAAGACAGUCGUAUAUUUAGAGAAAGCAGAUUAUGUGCAGAGUUGGAGAAUGGAAUGGAUGGAGUGUUGCUAGGAGAUAGUGGCUAUGCAUGUAAGAAAUACUUGAUGACGCCAUACCUAAACCCCCAGACUCAGACACAGGAGAGGUAUUGCCGGUCAUAUUUAACAGAUCACUGUGUAAAACUAGUCAUCAUCGAGCAAACGUUUGGUGUUCUAAAGAGGAGGUUUGCUGUUAUGUCGUACGGGAUAAGGACAUCCGAGAUGAAGGCUUGCAGGACGACAAUGGCGUGUGCCAUCCUGCACAACAUCGGAAUUAAGCGGGGAGACUCAUUUGGACGCUUUGUGGUCGAGUCCAACAAUCACCCAGAUGCACCGAACCAACCGGUUGAUGUUGCAGGAAAUGCCUUUAGGGACUUUGUCAGCAGGACAUAUUUUUCGUAA